GGGAGGCUUCGCGGGACGCGGUCGGCGAAUGGACCCGCAGCCCGGCGCCCGGAGCUGCAGCCGCGGCGGCCCCGCCUGCGAGGGGCUCCCCGCCGAGCCCCCCAUGAACCUCUACAUCCACACGACCACCGGCGCCCGCUAUGAGCUCUCGGUGCCCGGCGAGGAGACGGUGGAGGGGCUGAAGCGGCGGCUCUCGCAGCGCCUCAAGGUGCCCAAGGAGCGGCUGGCUCUGCUGCACAAAGAAAGCCGGCUGAAUUCUGGGAAGCUGCAGGAUCUGGGAGUGGUGGAAGGAAGCAAGCUGACCCUGGUGCCCACGGUGGAAGCGGGCUUGAUGUCUCAGGCGUCCAGACCAGAACAGUCAGUGAUGCAGGCUCUGGAAAGCUUAACUGAAACUCAGGUCAACGACUUCCUGUCGGGAAGGUCCCCGCUGACCCUGGCCCUGCGGGUUGGCGACCACAUGAUGUUCGUGCAGCUGCAGCUGGCGGCCCAGCAGACGGGAGGGCAGCUCCAGCACCGGCACGUCAUCGCCAGCCGGGGCGAGCCCGGGGCCGCGGCCAACCCCGCCUCCCACUGCCGGACGCUGCACGGGGCAUCCGGCUCCAACUUCGCCCGGAUCCCCGUGGUGCCCGCAUGCCAGCAGAGCCCCGCCCCGAGCCCCACCCCCGCCACGCAGGCGACGCCCAUGUACUGUAACGCUACCCACCCCGCCCCCGUCACCGCCGGGAUGUUCCGGUCGCACGGCGCCAGCACGCAAACGGUUAACAGUAGCGUGGUCUCCUCCUGCUCAGAGGUGGACUGCAGCGCCCGGAGCAGCAAUCCCAGCGGCAGCAGCAGCCCGGCCCCGACACCCCGAUCCCGCAAACCCGGCGCCGUCAUCGAGAGCUUUGUGAACCACGCUCCCGGGGUCUUUUCAGGGACCUUCUCUGGAACUUUGCACCCCAACUGCCAGGACAGCAGCGGGCGGCCGCGGCGCGACAUCGGCACCAUCCUGCAGAUCCUCAACGACCUGCUGAGCGCCACGCGGCACUACCAGGGCAUGCCCCAGUCCCUGACGCAGCUGCGCUGCCAGACCCAGUGCUCCCCCUCGGCCCCCUCCUCCCCGGAGCUCGCUGCCAAAGCUACCUCAGAGACCCUGACGACGGCGACCUCCGUGGCCUCCCAGCCCCUGCACUCCGUGGUCCAGUGCCAGAGCCAAAUCCGGAUGUGCAAGCCCAGCGGUAAGCCUUGCCUGCGUGCCCCCAGCCCCAAAGCCUUGAGGGUGCUGAGUGCCGAGGUGCAGGCAUAG